AUGUCGUGCGACAUCCGCCCAACCAUAACAUCGACAGCAACACUCUACAUAAACCCCUACCAAACACCACCACACUGUCCCUGUCGCCCAUCCUCCUCCCCAUACACCUCCUAUCACCGCUCCUCAACACCAACCAAUUCCCGCCUCUGCCCCUCCCACGCCUGCUGCAGCCUCAACCUCAUCCUCUACCGCUGCCCAGCCUACUGCCGCCAACCAAUAGACUACCACCAAUACACCGAAUCUUCCUCCACCACCCAGCAGCACCACUCCUACUACCCCCAACACACCUCUCGCGCCGCCUGCUCGUACUCGUACUCCUACACAAACGACUACACGUACCCAUACUCACCACACUACCCCUACCCCUACACCUCACCCCGCCCACGCUGGCGCACAAUCCGCAUCUUCGACCGGAACCCAGACUUCCACGCCCUCGAAUCCGCCGACCUCCGCUUCGCAAUCUCCGAACUGGUCGACAUCGGCGGGAUCCUCCUCCACGCGGAGUCUGAACUCGAGAAAGCGCGGCUGCGACUAGACCGCGAACGUCGUCGGCACGAUGCCGCGCACGGGCGGUCGUGCGAGCGUCAGCGGGGUCACCAGCGAGAGCGGGAAUGUCCCUGGACUCGACGUAUCGCAGAGAUGUCGCUCGAGGCGGACGAUAUCAAAUUCAGCUCCGAGGUCCUGGCGGAUUGCUGGGUGAAGUACGUCGGGUUGCUGCGGAAGUAUGAGGGGUUGGGGCAACGGCGGGUGAGUGGGUUGAUUGAAGAUCGCGGGAGUCGGCGGCGGCGAAGAGGGGGAGUUGAGGUUGAGGUUGAGGUUCCCAGGGCGGACAAGGGGAAGCCGUUCAGAUAUGUUUCGCGGGAGAGCUGGGUUCGGGAGAAGCGUGUUCCUGAAGGGGAGCGGAAGGAUCGGGAGUGUUGUCGGGAGUACAAGAAGGGGUAUGGUAGACCGGAGGCGAAUACAGGACGACGUCGGUCGGUGAGGUUUGCGGAUGAGGUUGGUGGUGGGAAGGGGUACUUUAAUGAAGGCGGGCGGAGUCGGAGGUGGUCGAUAUACUAG